AUGAAAUUUUUUAUUGCUGUUACAUGUUUAUUGGUGAUUUAUAAUUGCUUAUGUUAUCAUUAUGUGAAUGGUAAACAUCUUACAAGUAGCUCAAAAAAUGAGAUACUAGCACAAAAAUAUCUUACCAAAGCUGGCUUAAAAUUUCCUCCAAAUGGUAAAGAUGAUGAUAAAUGGAUAACAUUAUGUUCAGUCAAAGCUCGUGUUGCUAAUACUGGCUUGUCAGAAAAAAAAGACAAACAACGUUGUAAAGCUACAGUGGGUGGUGAAAUAUUAGAAAUACGUGUUGUUGAAACAGAAAAUAAUUUUCGAUGUGGAUGGAAUACUGACAGUUACGCAUCAGGUACAUUAUUGAAAUAUAAACAGGACAUAAUCGAUCAAUAUAAAUCCGCAAUAAAUGCUGCUGUAACAGCUAAAGAACCAAAGGUACUUAUUAAUUUAUUAGAAGAAAAGCAAAAUCAACAUAUAGUUAAUUUGGACGUAGCAACUAAUAAAGACACAGCCAUGUUAGAAGCAAUCGCUACAGGCAAGUCAUGGUGGGGAGGUGGUGGCAGUUGUGCUGUCAAAUUAGAAGGUCGAGUACGACGUUUAGCUUAUUAA